CCGUAUGUUGUCCUUGCGCCACUUAACUGAUUACCCGUAUGUUCAUGAAGGCGGUUUUGUUAGCGGAAUGUUGAGUGCAAGGUGUUAAGUCAUGAAUUAUGUUCUUACUGGCUAGAUAUUGAGAUUCAGUCAUUAACUUGCAUUAUAAGCCUCGAAGGUAAGUUAUUUUUAUGUGAAUUUUGACCAAGCACUGUGUCGUUUGCAUAUGAAACACGGAAGUGAAGAGUAAGUUCAUGCUAGGCCAGGUACGAAAAGAAAAAAGCUUAGCCGCCAUAAAUAAUAUGCCCUGAUUCGCUCACAUAUCAGAACACACACGCGGAUCAAGCCUAUCAACAGAAUACAGAUAUAAUUUAUUUGCGCACAAGUGACAUUUUAAGCAACUUUUGCGCUUAUAUCCCGACGUGUAUAUCUAAUCGAACAGAAACGAACAGAAUUUCUAUCGAAUUCAAUCGAACUUAAUCGUUUCUUAAAUUCGAUCGAUUUCGGCAAUCGAAUAAAUCGGGCACGCAGUUCUUCAUAUGAGUUCGAUUAUCGAACAGACAGUAUAUAUGAUGACGGGCAGUCAUGUCUGAAGCCCGUCAACUCAGUACAUCUAGUUAUUAAAGUGGAAUGGCCAGUGUCAACUAUGCUCAGUGUAAGUCUCAUAAAUCUCUUGGUAGACCUUGAAGUUGGUACCUUUUUUGUGAAAAAGAAAAAAGGGGGGGGGGAGAGGAAACUCUGGAAUAAAAAUGGUAUGCUUUACACCUUGAGUUCAUGGAAAUCUGUUGGAAGCUUUCGUGACUGUGGACGCAGUCAGCCGUCCGAGACACUUCAACAAACUGAUCUAUGAUUUCCGCCUAUAAAUUAUCUCCAAUAUGUUGAGAAAAUUGGCAUUGGAUUACUUCAAGCCGAAAAAAGAAAACUUUGAAUUUCUUUAAACUGAUUUAAAUAAUGGAACCACAUUAUUUUUGGCUAUCGAGGACGUCGAAUGUCUAAUGACUCGGACAAAAAUGACUCUGCGUCUGAACAGUAAAAACAGAUCCGCUAGUCACACGAUCCCGAUAAAUAUAAAACAACAUGUCACUGUAUAUUCUAAUCGCCGGUUCAAACGCCGAACUUGACAUGAGCCGAACCUGAUAAUGAGAUAACCAACAUUAUCGUUAUAACACUGAGAAAUAAACUAAAAAAAGUAUUUUCAAUUCAUUAGAACCCCCGUAACUCGGCCCGUCUAAAGGCGGUUUUGAUAGAAUAGCGGGGGUUCGAGUUAUCGGGUCGAUUGAAUAUUCAAUUUGCUAUGUUAAUAAGUAUAAUGACCGUUGCAGUUUAGUGAUUUUCAGCACUUCAGUAGACAGUACAGUGCGGAUUUAAUUUAUCUCAUCAGGACAGCAACAUGAUAUUGCAUUCUUAUGAUAAUACGUGAUCUGUUCGUUGCACCGAUUUUAAAAAAUCAAAUUGCUGUAGUGUUAACCCAUGGUUAUUAGAUAAGACUGGUUAUGAAAGCCGGCAAACAUCGAAGAUGAAAACAACGGUGCUACAGUUUAUAUUGGAAGCUCCCCGACUGUGCACAAUCCUUUGUUUUUUUGUUCACAAAUUGUGACUGAAUAAAUUAAUGUGAUGUUUCUAUUGGUCAGUAAGUUCAAAAUGAUAGGAAUGCUGUUGAACGUUGUGCACGGUCAGGUCCAAAAAAGCUAUGAAAAAUAUACGACAAAGAAGUCUGUCGGGCUUCAUAAGCAUUCCACUUUCUUAGCUCGCUAUGGUUAGCCAGUUUUAGUUGUUACUAAACAAGUACCGGGAAUGGGGAACGGGAGACGAGAGUCUGAGACGAGUAGUCAGUGAUAACCACAACAAAAAUCCAAAACGGCCGAUGAUGAUGAUGAUUUUGACGCGAUAAGAUGAUAAAGGAGCGUCAAAAAGGCACUUAACACAGCUAUCAUUUUCUUGAACUAUCUGCUGAUUGCUGAUGAGAUGCUUAAACUGGAAUGCGGAGGUGCACCGUAAUUUUUAGGGAGUUGUUAUAACUCCAAAAAUGGAGUAAAAAUUUUAGGUACAGGAUAACCCCUUUUUUGGGGUUAUUUUAACUCCUAAUUUAACUCCGAAUUUGGGGUCAUUUUUACUCCUGAAAAAGAGUUCUUUUUACUCCCAGUCUUGGAGUUAAAAUUACUCCGAAAUGGGGUUACUUGUACUCCUUACAGGGGUUGUUUUUACUCUUUUUGGAGUUAAUUUAACUCUGAAAGUGGAGUAAAACUUUUAGGUACAGGAUAACUCCUUUUUUGGGGUUAUUUUAACUCCUCAAUAUCUGGGGUCACUUUUACUCCUGAAAAAGAGUUCUUUAAACUCCUUUUUGGAGUUAAAAUAACUCCACGAAAAAUAACUCCACUGUAAGGAGUUAAAUUAGCCCCACUAGAGGAGUUGUUAUAACUCCCUGAAAAUUACAGUGUGAUAACUUAGGGUGCGUUUUUUUGGGAGAAUCCAAAAACUGAUUUGUGAUCUCAUGUCCUGCGGAUUCUUCACUACCAAAAAACGGAAGGUCUGAAAAGGAUCAUUUAACAUGACAACGGCAAGUCCUCCUGCUCCUCGUAGAAAAAAAAAACAAAAACAACAAACUGAUCCUCACGGCGAAGACAAGAAGAAAAAGCAACAUAAGCUACGAUUGAAUAUAUACGAAAUAUUUAUAUUUCCGUUUGAAACAAAAACCCCUUACUCUGGUUCAAAUCAGAUUUAACCGAUCGUACUCAGUUGGUUUCAUUCAUGGGACAGUCAUUGUCCGUUCGGACCGUUACAGCUGGUGUGUCGCAUGGCUCCGUAUUGGGUCCAUUGCUAUUUGUUAUGUUUGUCAAUGAUCUACCCUUACAUGUUCAUGCUCAAGUCGACAUAUUUGCUAAUGACACAACUCUUCUAGCGGUUUCCGAUUUUGCUAAUGUAGAAGAUCUUGAGAACACUCUCUCCCAGGAGGUCUCUAAAGUCGAUGAGUGGGCAACAAACAACAAACUUCCACUAAUUGUUCCAAAACUAAGACGAUUCUAAUUGAUGGUUUGUAAUUUCUAUGAAGGAGAUAUAGUUUUUGAUUACUAAAAAAGUAAAGAAACUUGAGUUUGGUCCUUAUAAAUAGUCAUUAUUCACAACUGUAGAUUGCAAACGUCCUUUAUGCAAGGUUCUGAAGACAAUUACAAUCUGCACAUUUUAUAAACCUUUUUUGUUGUAGGAAUUACAGUAAUCAAGAGAUUAUUUUUAAUUACGGUUUGGUGCAGUAUCUUCUUGCUAUAUUAAUUGGCAAUCUCGAAGUCAAACUCCUUGGUUAAAACCCGGGGGGGAGCACUUGGGUAUUUUUUGGGUGGGUAUGUGCCGCCCUGGACUCCAAAUUGGCACCCCGUUCUAAAAAAAUUUCUCCUAAAAUUGAUACCCCGUUCUAGAAUUCGCCCUAAAAAUGAUACCCCGUUCUAGAAAUGGGCCAAUUUUUUAUACUCCGUUCUAAGGUGCAAAGAGUACAACAGUUUGCUUGUUAACGCAUUGAACCGUAUUUUUAAAAGCAUUGAUCUGUCUCUGAAUAAUUUCAAAUGGCUGCUUACAAAACUGGAGCUUUCGUGCGUUCGAAAUAUUAUACCCCGUUCUAGAAAACGCCUCUGAAAUGGAUACCCCGUUCUAAAUCAGGAGCUUCAAAAUCACGACCCCGUUGGGCGGCACAUACCCGUAUAGGUAAUGUAUGGGAGUAGCCCCCACGGGGUUAAAACCCACAUAUAAGAACCUGCUUGAUUAUGCUUGGCUAAACAGGUUCUUAUAUUUUUGGUGUUAAAGUGAAAAAUUUCUGCAAGCCGGUUCUUAAACCACCGGGUUCUUAUUAGCGGGUUUCUACUGUUCCAACAAUGAACUACAUAUGCUUUAAUUUCAAAAAUAUUUGACAUUUUUUCUUUGAAAUAAACAGUGAGUUGACGGUCAGAAUUUUCAAACUCUGACAUUAGUCUUGUCACCUCUAUUACUUUUGCAAGAUGGCUAAUAAAAAAUCAAAAGGCGGUCAGUCAGUAAGACACGGACUACGGACGGAGGACUACGUACACUGUCAAAGACUCUACUCAGGACUACACUCAUCUAACCACUUACUAAUUUUACUACUAAAAUUCCAAGCAGUCUUGCAACUCCUCCUUUCUGUCAUUAUAUCUAGGCGGGCUAAAACGUACUGAAGAUGGAAUUACAGCCUUUUGGUGAUGAACAAUUGAAUUUCUUAAAGUUCGCAUCCUUGGUGUUAGAUGAAUUCCCAAAAGCCUUACGGCAGGCGUUCAAAACCAUGUGGGACAAAAAGUAUGGACAUCGCCCUGGUUUACAGCUUUGGGACGAUUCCACCAUUGUGAGAAAGAUGUUUUACAUUGAGGAGGCGAAAAGUGGCAAGAAGAUUAAAGUUCCCGUCCACCAGUCUUACGAUGAAUGGGAUUGUACCAGCCUUUUCCAGGCCACCAUAUUUGCUCGAUGCUUUGCCUCAAAAGGAAGCACCCUCAAAGCUUUGUACGCAAAGCCCCUAGCUUAUGGUAGUUUCCAUGCCUCUGUGAUAAGCUCUGGCGGAAACAAUGAGGAGACAUUUGCGCUUUCGAUUGAUCAGCUUCGUCUUCUUAGGAAUUCGCUUUGUCACUCAACCAGAUCUAAGAUGGACAGAGCAACCUUUGACCAACGCAUGAAUUACGCAAAAGAUGCGUUCCACGCCCUUGGUGUCUCAACAGCUUUAAUCGAUGCCGUUGGGAGUUUGACGGAGGCGGAUUUUCCUACCAGCAAAGUUUGUCAAUUGGAAACCAGUGUAAAAGAAGAGACUGGGAAAUACAUCAAGUUUCUUGAGGAAGUAAGCUCAGAUUUGAUUGAGAUAAAGGCGUUGUUAAGCGCUAUCAAGCGAACAGUUGGAAGUGCUGCUAAUAAAGAAGACAUCGCUAGGUUAGAGCAGAAGAUCGCAAAGCUGCAAGAAUCGCAAGAUGAAGGUGACGCUAAACCGACGGCUACAGGUAGCAUCUGAUGUUCACUUCUUCACUGGUGAUAUAGGUUUGAGGUUUAUGUUUUUUUCAGCUGGGUCUCUAAGGCAAGCGAAAUACAAUAAAACUACAAUAGUGUGCUUGAAGAUCGAUAUUGACAUACGAGAUUAAACUCCCCAAAUCGCUCCCUAUCCCAGAGUUGCUGUUUUCCAGAAAUAACUGAGUGAGACGCUUUCUUUGCUAUUAAACUGAGUUGUGGGUGAAUUUAGAUGUGCCAACUUUUUUACUAUUAACGGUUUCCCUAGUCUAGACUAAAAUCUUCAACCAAUUGAUCAGUGUCCUGGAAAAUGAUACCCAGCUAGACAAAAACUCUCUGAUUUCUGUACCUUUUCUUAGACCAAGUUGCUUGGAAACCACACCCUUCACAGUAGGACAAACCUAUGCAGCACAUAUAUGGCAGUACCCACUCCCCUUCCGGUGGCCGAAAGGCCGGUUACUUAUUGUGGUGUUUUUAGAUAAGCGAUUUUCCCCAUUUUAUGUAAAACAACUGAAUGUUUCCCUACAACAGUGAUAAUGUGAAACGUGACCUCAGAGUUUGCUUAAAUAAACAAAGCUUUUCCUAAUUUUCGUUCUCGCGCGUAUUGCCUGUCCAAGACAUUUUUCUAUUUCUUCGACAGUUUGACAGCGAGCGAAAGCCAACGCGGGGCGAUAUAACCCCCACACCUCCGCGCAUGUGGUGAAUAAAUCUCCCGCGGUUUUUAUUUUCAUACGCGCGUUCGACGAUCUCGAAAAAGAAAAUAGAGGAUCUGUGGACAGGCUGUCGCGCUUAGGUCCCUACGCAGUGCAUGGAGCAUUCUAAACUUUGACUGAGUAACUUAUUUUUGCCGUGAUGUGUCGUGUAUUUAGAGGUUAUGAAGCUGAUCUGUUUCAUGCAUAUUGGGUAUUUAACUCCUGUGGUUUAUGUUAUUCUUAGAACAACGCACUAGCCCCUAAUUGUUUAGACUGUUCACAGUAGCCUAUUUUCCCGUAAGAUCGUCAAGAUUGAGCGCUUUGCGGAACACGGGCAGUCAUCUUGAUUUUAGAUGUCCCUAGUCUAGCCUGGGAAAGAGUGUCAAAUCUACAGAUUGUCGUCCGUACCGGUAAGGCACUCGAUUAGUACACUGUGAACAGUCUACUACUUGUUUCUUCAUUUCGCUUAGCGGGGCAAAACUAUUUUCAGUAAGGUUUUCUUUUUUGACAGCUCGUCUUCGGAUAUGGUUUGAUUGUGAGAAAAUGAUAAGCCUUGGUCCACGAGUCGAGGCUACAGGGAUGGAAGCCCAGUCAAUGUCCCAAGAAUCCGCGCGAGAAUCAUUGGUCUCAAAACAACCACAAACUGUGACUACAUCUGCAGCAGAAUCACUGGGGAAGGCUGCAGCAGUAGAGGCAGCAGCAGUACCUGGCACAUCGAAAAGGCCCCGAGUUGAGGAUGUUACUGGUUCAUGGCAAGACAAUGUUGAAAGCGGAGCUAUGCCCUCAUCUCAGGAUGUUCUGAAUUUAAUUGCGUCAACGUACUUCAAGAAACUUGAUCCAUCAACAACGGAGGAGUUUAAUGAAUUUAUUCAGUAUAUGGAACAAGUGCGUAAAGUUGUGAUCGUGGAUGUGAAAACCGGAAGUUUAGAAGUCAUUGUACAGUGUAGCUCUCUUAAGGUCCUCGAAGAACUCUGGAAAGACUAUAGUACAGGUCAUCUUAAUGAAAUAGCGCAGAAAUUCCUUGUGACAGAGAGAAUUCUUAAAGCGUUUGGUCUAGCUGAAGUUAAACUGACGACGACUAUCAAAGAGGAGGAAUACAGAGCUUGUAGACGUCUCUUGUCGAAAUCAGACAGAGGUAUGUUCAUAAACCCUUUUAAUCGCAACGUUAAUAGUGAAGGUCUAUGGGGUAAAAAUAUUCAAUAUCAUACAACUGUUCCCCGUAGUGGAGGAGAAUAGUGGUGGAUAUAUACCUCGACGCUUCGCGGCUCGGUAUAUUUCUAGCGCUGCUUACAGACCCUGAGGGGGAUAGUUGUUUUAGUAUUUACCAAAUCAGUUGGAUAAAAAUGAAAAAGUAAAAACGUCACUUAGUAGGAAAUUUGUUUUCAAUUUACAAACAUGUCGGAGAUUUUUUCAAGUGCACUUUUUACGAUUGUGUUGCAAAUUCAGCAUGAAAAUAAUUUUCUACCUACCAGCAAACACCGACAAACCAAAGUUCGUCGCUUUCUUGGUAUUUGUUUGUACGACUGCUUCAUUUAUUGCUCAAAUUUCGCCUACCGAAAAUGUCUUAAAACGAGACGCCAUCUUGGCUCCGGACGCAAAACAGUGAAUAGCCAAGGAUAUUCCGAGUUACGGGAACCAAUCAAAACGCGCGAAAAUUGCUAUUCACUGAUUUGGUAAAUAAUAAAACGAACUACGAUUUCAAUAAAAAAAUGUGUGGAAAUUUAAUUCAAAUAUUGACGAGGUUUUGAUGGACAACGAUACGGAUAACCUAACUCGAUUAUGAUUAUGAUUCUUAUGUCGCUAGGGGGGACCAGCCAUUACAGUCAUUUGCGCAUUGCACCCAGUUUUGUGGACACUAAAGAAACGUAAUUGUUUAAUCUGUUUUUAUGAAAAACAGAGAAACGAACGAACAAAAAACAGAGCCACUGAAAAUAAAACAACAUAAAAUUAAAGGGAUACUAAUCAUAAUCAUAAUCAUAAACAUGAUGAUGAUGAUGAUGACAAUGACGUUGGUGAUAGUGAUGGCGAUGAUGAUGAUGAUUCCUUUAUUUACCAAUGUCUAAAACAAAUGAUCCAAAUCAAACAUAACAUGGCUUAGAAUCCACAGUUCGAUAAGGCAACCGUUAAGUGGGACACAUUAACACAUCAAUAUAAACUUUCUUUAAUUAAGCUUUUUUACAAAGCCAUGGUCACAUGCUUCCACAAGUUUAGCUGAACAAAUCAUAAUUCACAGCAAUAGAUCUGUGUCAAGAACGAAGCACGGUUUAAUAGCUCUUUGCGUCACAUUACGUUAAAAACGCCAUUGCCUAUAGAGGGGCUUUCCUCUGGAACGCCAUAGGUCGUUCAAAUGGUUCUAUUUUUGUUUGCACAGACAUGAAAUCUUUUCUGAAAAAAGUUGUUAAGUGUUGCAGUUUUAGCGAUUUCAAUUUCAACGUUUUAGCCCCACAAACAAUUAACAACAGAUAUGAGAAUUUUCUAUAUUUCUAAUGUGUAUUUUUGAUUGAACGAUUUUAUUUCCUAGUAUUAAUAACUUUUAACAUUUUAUUUUGUUUGUAAUUUUUGCAUACGACUCCACAAGCUUGUAGCUUUGAAUUAAGAAAGAAGGUUUAAUUCUCGGUUUUAUUACUUCGGCGGAGCUCGAAAUAAAGGAUUCGCGACGCUCAGGAAUGUUUCAAAGUUGCAUUCGGAUGUCCCGAAGUUACUUCCUAAUGUUCUGAAGUUGCUUGGGAAUUAGUUCGAGAUAUCUCAGUUGACCAGCACCAUUCCAAAGCGGUUCUUUGAUUGGCUAUCUUUGCCUCGAUGAGACUGUUUCGGUACCGGACUGUACCCAACCAAUCACAACACAGCAUUCAAUACGGCCCAAGCGGUCCGCUUCUUGCGUCACUCGAGAGAAUCGAAAGGAGAUGUGUACCUUGUGUCGGAGUGGUUGUUUUUUUAAUAUUUGUGCCUUUAAUCUUGGACUUUUUUAACAAGUUGUUUCUGAGAUUUGUUUUAUUCACCGAAGCAAAUCGGCUCAAUUACAACAACAAUAACAAUAGUUUAGCCAAAUUAAACCCUGAAAAUAUGAACAUUAUAGAGAAAUAAAUUAUAAUAAUUAUGAUGAAAAUAAAUCGUAACUCAUACAGAUAAGAAUAUUAGAACAUAUAAUUUCUUGCCUGCGUGCAGACGUCUCCUAUUUCGUGCAGACGUCUCCUAUUUCCUUUGUUGCACGCGGAAAAGGGACGUCUGCGUAACGCCGUCGCUAAUCGUGUUCCGGCGUCCCGCUGGCAGGGUAUUUGAUUUCGCAUAAAUUAUGAAAUAGUAUCCGCUGACAAGCGUGUGUGCGUCAUAACCAAAGUCCACCAGUGUGAAAAAAAUGGCGGACUUUCAGGCUGCGGUGAAGCGUGUUUGUGAAGUCUUUAACGUCGCGUCGCUUUAUCCCGAGCAGGAAGAGUGCUUAAAGGCUAUAUGUGACGGUAAAAAUGUAUAUGCAAGUCUUCCGACUGGAUAUGGGAAAUCUUUGAUUUUUUACGCGAUUCCAAUCAUCGCUGAUGUAAUGUUUGAUCGUCCUCGUGGAACAAGCAAGGUCAUCAUCAUCUCCCCUUUGAAGACAUUGAUGGAAGACCAGGUGCGAUAUUUAAAGUCCAUGAGUCUCUCGGCAGUGGCCCUUCAUGAUGAGCAAUCUGAGGAAAUUUUACAAAAUGUGGAAAGUGGUGCUUUCACCUACGUUUUUUUGUCGCCGGGAAGAAUGCUGAAUUCCAGCAGAUGAAGGAAACUCCUUUCCUCCGUCCACUAUAGAACGUUCCUGGCGGCAGUCAUCAUCGAUGAAGCUCAUUGUAUCAGUCAGUGGGGCCUUUCUUCGAAGGCCAAUCCAACGUCCAUUCCUUUUCGACAGUGGUAUGGAAAUUUAGGAGAGAUGUACUCCCUCAUUUCAAGUGAUGUAUCUACUGUCGUUUUGACCGCGACCGCGUCGAAGGCCACAAAGAAAGACAUAUUUAAAACUCUCAAUUUGAGUCAGGUAACCUUUGUUAUUGAGCGAAGUCCUGAAAGACCGAAUAUUCGUGUCGGGACGCAGUACUUGGACAAAAAUCUACCUCUGUCAGCAGUAUUUGAGUCUGUCGUCGAAGAGCUGAGAAAUGAAAGAUGUAAUUUUGAAAGGACAAUAAUUUUUUGCCAAACCCGAAAACAGUGCGCUCUAGUUUACAGAACCUUUGUUGACUCGCUUUCUGAUGAUUUGUAUGUAAAUAGAAAACCAGAUGCAAGGCAGCGAAUGGUGGAAAUGUUCCAUGCUGGUACUCAUAAACGGUGAGAGCCGACUGACUCAGUUAAGAAACAUGUUUUAGAUAAUUUCUCCCAGUCAGUGGGUC